UGGAAAGCACUCAUUCUGGAACUCGUCCGACCCACGCGGUCCCGGUCAGUUCUGUGCAUCCAAUAUGGCAGGUCGAGGUGGUUACGACGAUUCGAGAGAUUAUUCUAGUGGACAUCGUAGCAGAAAACCUUUGCCAACAGGACCUCCAUAUACAGCAUAUGUGGGAAAUUUACCAAAUGGAAUUGUACAAGGUGAUGUUGAUAAAAUCUUCGAAAAGCUCAAUGUUAAAGUUAUCAGAUUGGUUAAAGACAAAGAUACUGACAAAUUCAAAGGUUUUUGUUAUGUUGAGUUUGAAGACUUGGCUGACUUGGAAGCAGCAUUGGAAAUGGAUGGCGCGGUAGAAGUAGAUAAAAGCUUGAUUAAAAUUGAUGUAGCUGAAAUAAAAAGAAACGAUCGAAGUGGUGGUUUUGAUAGGAGGGGUCGUGGUGGCAGCAGUGGUGGAGGCUUUAAAGGAAGAGAUUCUGGCCGUAGUGGAUAUGGCGAUGAUUUCGGUAGCAAAUCUAUGUAUUCGAGAUAUAGUGAUAGAAGCUCACAUGGGAGCAGUAGACAAGGUAGUGGAUGGGAUUCUAGAGGGAAUAGAGGCAAUUAUGGCCAAUUUAAUGAAGAUCCUGGGAGUGGAAGUCGUGACUGGUCACGAAGUGCAUCUAGUAGAUCGUACAGUAACAGACCUUCUCUUCGUGGCAGUGGUUCGGAUCGAAAACCUUUUCAAGAUGAACUUUAUAAAGAUCCCCUCCCAGACACUACUGGGAGAAAACGUUUGGAGCUUAAACCACGAACUAUUAAGGACCCCGUCAAUGCACUUGCAGAAUCAACUAAAAAUAGUUCUAUUUACGGAGGUGCGAAACCUCGAGAAGAAAAAUUGAAAAUGAUGGACAAGUAAAAAUAAUAAUACAUCAUCGAUAGUUUUAAUUUCCCUGCUAAAAAAAUUAUGUAUAGGGAAAGAAACAUUUUUGACAAAAUUUAAAAGGAAACUAAUCUAAAAUCCCUUAUAGUUUCCUCAAAUCUAGUGAUAGUUCUUCAGAGACACAUAAAAUUACAUUCUUUUUUAAUUCUAACAAGGUUACGGUGUUAUCCGCAGGAAAGGAUUUAUGCCAUAGACAUAAUCUUAUUACAGUCCUCUUAUGUUUAGCGCAUUUUUAAUCAGAAAUAAACAUUUUUCUUCUGA